AUGUCAACACCUGCAUGCAGCAAGUUCUUCUCGGUUCCUGAGCUCGUCGAACAACUCGGCCCCUUCUUGCGCCCACACGACCUUGCCCAGUUACUCCGAACGAGUCGAAGCCUCUACGCCGCAACAGUACUACACUUUUGGCGACAUGUCGACCUGGAAGACGACCACCGGGUCGACCAGCUUAUCACCUCGCCCGCAGCCCUUGAUGCUCUGGUCAAGAACGCGCCCUUUAUUCACUCUCUCAAGGCUGGAUUCAUCUUCGUGUCGUACUACUUUGAAGGCGUGACCCGUUUUCUGGACGAGCAAGAGCAGGAAGAUGAGGAGGACGAGUCGACACCGCGACUUCUUAUUACCUCCAAUACUCGCAUCAAAAGGCCACCCUGGCUACCAAAGCCGGUUACUCAAACCCCACAGGCUCGAUCAUUGCCACCCAUGACUCGACUCACCCAGCUGGACAUAUGUUUCGACCGAAGGUACCGGGGGGUCCAGUUCGACAACGCGAUGCGCAUCCAUAGCGCCGUCUCGAUGCAUUUACCUUUGGCGUGGUUAAUGACCCUCAACACUACUGGACUGGCACGUGUCACUUUCCGCCACAUACAAUAUACCCUCCAGCCUCUGGAACUACGUUGUCUGGCCCGAUCACUCUCCAAGCUGACGAACCUUACCCAUUUCAAGACCGAGAUGUCUGCAGGGAGCAUUAGUGAAUUGUGGCUGACUCCACCUAUGGUCCCUCUACUCUUCUUUGCGUUUCCAACAUCGGUGGUCUCAAUCAAGAUGGAGGCCCAUGUCAGGUCUUGGUUUGACGGCGAUGCCGAGGAACUCGAGUUGAGGACCGUGCAGAGGGCGGCUGCCGAGCAGUUGGACGAGGGAGAGGGGCAGCGCAGCAGGACACCAUCAUUGGAUUGGGCUGAGGGCGAUUUGAUGACUCGUGAAGAACCUCUGGAGAACCUCAAGGAAUUGGAGCUGCCUACCAGCUCGGCGCGAUACAGUGGGCAUGAUCUCAGCAGGAUCAUGAAGCACUGCCCUGCGUUAGAGGCUUGGUAUAUCCCUAGGUUUGACGACGAUGUAGGAGCCGAGGCUCUUUGCCGGACGAUUCGAGAGACGGUGCAUCAACAACAUGGACAAGGACAGGCAUCGCGGUAUCUUCGUCACCUGAGAUCCAAUCGGAGACGUCUAAUUCCAAACUUUUAUCACGGUGAGGGCUGGGUCCGUGUUUUGAACUCUUUGCCGGAUCAACAUGUGGAGUCGGUGGAUUUUGAUCAGUACCUGGAUUCUUACCCCGACAAGUUUAUUCCUGCGCUGCUUCGACAUUCUGAGGUCCUUCGAUCGGUCGUCCUCAAGAACUCGCAUAGGAUUGGGAGCAGAACUGUGGCGACGAUCCUGGUACAGUGUCAUGGACUGGAGACGUUCCGGGCAACCAUGCCCAAGGAGGAUGCUGGGAGGGGGUUUGUGGCUCUUGCGUUGAACGAUGCGAUUGAGAGGGCGUGGGUCUGUACGAGGAUCAAGAGUUUGCGGUUCACGGUGGACUUGGCUGUGCAGGAAUACUCUGGGUCUGGGACGGCUGGGAGAAGUGGUGGUGGUGGUGGUGGUGGCAGUAGCGGGCGAGCAGCAGACAUGAGCAGCUUCCUCAAUGUCAAACAACCACCCAAGGAGUACUGGACAAAAUUGGAGGUGUUUUACUCUCAGUUGGGCAAGUUGGUGGAGUUGGAGGAUUUGGAGAUAUUUGUCGCGCCGCCACCAAUGAGGACGACGGAGAAUGUGGUUCCUGUGUUCAUGAACACGGCAUCACACUCUCUCCGGUCGUUGACGGGUUUGCUCUCGCUAGAGGAGGAAGACAAGGAGACCGGAAAACGCGGUUUCUUGUCGCUGCUUGGAGGCUUGAAGAAAUUGAGGGUGGUGCAAGGGUGUUUUCGAACGGGGACAGUCGAGACAAUCGGGACGUUUGGAGAGCGUGAGGCUGAGUGGAUCUUGGAGAAUUGGCCUGCGCUGGAGGCAAUUGAGUUUCUGCCAGAGUGGUAUGGGUCCCUGGAAGGGUUUUCAAUGCCUAAGCCGUUGAAGGGUUUGCACGAAAAGAAACCAGACUUGAAGCUGUCUCUAUAG